UCAGCUGCGUUUAACCGCAAGCUAACUGUCAGCUGUUAGCUUCUUUUUAGUUGGUUUUGAAGAAACAUAAUGGCUGCUUUUGAAGCACAGUUGUUUUCUGAAAUCGACAAGCUUCGUGUUCAGCUGCUGAACAAUGUCGACAUUAUAGCAGAGAACCAACGUGCUGUGGAGGAAAUCAGUCAGGAUGGAAUUUUAACUCAAAUUGAAGGUGUAAUCCUGGGAAUAAUGACCAGUCUGUCAAGAGAUGAAGUACCUACUCUGGUACUGCCCAACAGAUCCAGCUGGGCCAAUAUCUGUUUUGACAGUGCUGUCGGGCUUCAGAUGAGUUCAGAGCAUUCUGUCACCUCCAUUAGGAGCGACUGUCCUUCAUCUGUUACUAAAUUUGCGCAAAUUCUGAAGAUUCUUUCCGUCAUCUACAGGCUGGUGCAGAGCAACUCUUAUGCUACGAAAAGAGACAUAUAUUACAACAACAUACAGCUGUUUGGGUCGCAGAGAACUGUGGAUAGUAUAAUAGAUGACAUCUCCUGCAUGCUGAAGGUUCCUCGCAGAUCACUACAUGUGUUGGCCACAUCCAAGGGCUUAAUUUCUGGUGAUCUGUGUUAUUUGGAGGAGGAUGGAACAAGAGUUGACUGCCACCCCAGCUCAGCAGCUGUUUCCAUUUCCUCAAACAUCGGUGGAAUUAGAAAUAUUGUGUCAUCAGCUAAAUUUAUCAUGAUUGUAGAGAAGGAUGCAACAUUCCAGAGGCUGCUAGAUGAUGACCUCUGCACAAAACUUUCUCCCUGCAUCCUAAUCACAGGUAAAGGUGUGCCAGAUGUUAACAGCAGACUGAUGGUGAGAAAGCUGUGGGAUACGUUACACAUUCCCAUCUUCGCCCUGGUGGAUGCUGACCCUCAUGGCAUUGAGAUCAUGUGUAUCUACAAGUAUGGAUCAGUGUCAAUGUCAUUUGAGGCCCACAGUCUGACCGUCCCAAGCGUUGUGUGGCUUGGCCUUCUCCCUUCUGACCUGCAGAGGUUAAGGGUUCCUGAGGAUUCCCUGAUUCCUCUGACCAAGACAGAUGAAAACAAGCUCACCAGUCUGCUCAAGAGGCCAUACUUAACCAGCCAGCCAGACUGGUGCAAGGAGAUUGAGCUGAUGCAGCAGAGUAAAGUUAAGGCUGAACUGCAGUGCUUGUCCUCCAUAGCUCCAGACUUCCUCACCAACAUCUAUCUGCCUAAUAAGCUUCGAUAUGGAGGCUGGGUAUGAACCCUGGUUCUGCUUAGAGGAAUUGCUGGUUCUGGUACUGUAAAGUCAUUUUCAAAUAGGUUCUGUAUCUGUUCUGUUGUAUCUUAUUUAAUAGAUUAGAAAAUGAUUCAAGGUCACUGCGUUUGCAGCUUUUAAACGUACCCACUAUUGCAUGUGUGUUUAGAGUGUGAUUUGUAUCAUCUUUUGUGAUGUGCUUUAAUUAAACAAUUUUCU